AUGACUGUAAGCACAUCAGAAAAUGUUUACAAAUUUGUAAAAGACUGUAUAAAAAUAAAAGAAAAAAUCGAAUGUAUAAAUAAAAUUAAAAAAGACGAAACCCCAAAAGUUGAAAAAAAUGAGUUAGCAAAAGAACUACAAAAUCAAACAUCAAAUAAAUUAUCAAAGUAUAAUGUAGAUUAUUCAAAAUUUGAAAAUUGCAUUAAAGAAAUUGAAGCAGAAGAAGAAGAAAAAAAAAACAUUGAAGAAAAAAAAAAUCGUUUUUUAAAUAAUCGAAAUCCAUGUUCUCAUGAUCAUUCAAAAGAAAGACAAUUAUAUGAAAAAAAUUCAACCGAAAAAAUUAAAGCAUCAAAUGUUUUUAAUGAACAAGGAAAAAAAGCAUUUUAUGAAAAAAAUUAUAAGCUUGCUUGUCUUUAUUUUAGAAAAGGAUUAAUACAAUUAGAUUAUAGUUUUCCUUCAGAUAAAAAAGAACAAGAUGAGCAAAACGAAUUAGAAAUUAAACUCCAUCUUAACAUGGCCCUAACAAAUUUUCAUAUGGCUGAUUAUUAUAAUUGUAUUAGUGAAUGUUCUACGGUUCUUAAUCUUGACAAAAAUAAUGUAAAAGCAUUUUACAGAAGGGGCCAAGCUUAUAUGAGCCUAGAUUUAUAUAGCAAAGCAAAGGAAGAGUUUCAAAAAGUCGAAAAAAUUGACCCCCAUGAUAAAAAUAUAAAGAAAUCCUUAUUAGAAUUAGAAAGGAAAAUAUUAAUUUACGAUAAAAAAAAAAAAUUAUUAUGCUCUAAAAUGUUUUCAUCAAAUGUAAAUGAUAAUGGUCAUAAUACAAAAGAAGUUUCUCAAACUAAUUGUGAUACACAAGUUGAUAAAACUAAAAAACAUUUUGAAGAAAAGGAUAACAAUGGGGAGCAAACUAAAAGUAUUGCUAAUCACAACAGUCUUAGUGACACUCCUAAGCAUACAGUAAUAGAAAACAGAAACAAUACCCUAAAAGAAAUACACAAAGACAACAAUUUAAAUAUAAAAAGGGUAGCAAAUAAGAUUAUAGAUAAUAAUUCAUAUAAACACAAGGAUCAAGAGUAUUUAUUCAUGUUAAAUAAUUUCAAAUUUUUUGGAAAAGAUUCUCAAUUAUUUUUAAUAAACAAUAUAUUUAUAUAUCUUUUUAUUUGUUUUAUAUUAUUAUUAUUAUUGUAUAUAAUAAUUUUUAUUGUUAUUUUUUAUAAACAUGCCUCAAUGGUAAUAUUAUUAUCAUCAUUGUCAAUGUUAUGUUUUAUUUGUAUAUGUAUAUAUAUCUACAAUAAAAAUGUAUAUAUUAAUAUAACACAUAAGAAAACAUAA